AUGUCGCAGAUUCUUCGGUACACAGACACCAACAACGAUCAAGAAAACAAUAACGAUGGAGCGGUCCUCGUCGAUGCGACGGAGCCCUUGACCGAACCGGCGGAUACUGAUUACCUGCCUGAAGUCCUAUCCAAAAAACAAGAUGGACUCGCCGCCGCCUUGCGAGAAAUUGACGAACAGCGGCGUUUGCUGGAAGCUGCAGCCUCGAAUGGAUCGCUGCUGGCGGAAAAGUAUUUUGCGCUCGAAGUCGAACACGAAGCGUUGAGUGCCAAGUACAAUGACGCGCGCCAGUGCAUCGAAGAGCUCGAGUCGCAGCAAAAGUUGAACCUCCAUCGCGCCACGUCCGUGCAAAAGUGCAUUGAUUUGGAACAGCAGCUCAACACACACCUGCGCGAACAGGAAGCGCAGGACGAGACUCUCUCUCGACAGGACGCCGAGAUUCAGUACUGGCGGUCGAAAGCGUUGGCUGCGGCCAAGGACAACGCGAUUCUCCGCGACAUGGUCGCUGCCUUUGAACGAGAAAAAGCGGACGCUCUUCAAAGCUGCCACCACCUUGCUCAAGCGAACCGAAAAGUGCAAUGUGAACGAAGCGAGCUCAUGCUCCAAGUCAAGGAGCUAGCUGGUCGACUGAAUGACCAAGCCGAACGAGAACAACGACUAGUGCUAUCCCACGACAUUAAACAACAAAAGAUACAACGCCUGGAAGCAACGGUUGAAGCCCUCGAGGACGCUGUGCAAACAGCCAAAGCCAGCCUCGACGCAAGCGAGCGCGCUGCCAAGAUGCACGAAGACACCGCGAAAGAACUCCAAGGCGUCAUUCACGGCCUGAAGCGUUCCCUGAGCGCAUUACAGCAAGAGUAUCAAUUGGUCGUGGACAAUCACACGAUGGAAACUGUGUACACUCUACACAGCGACGAACUUUCAACGGACGACGGGAGCGAUUCGUCGUGUGGAUGGGGCUACUUUCUGUUGGCACUGGUGUCGAUCAAGGACGCCAUCACGGAUCUCUCGUACAAACUGACGAGUGGGUUCCAACCGUUGCGCUAG